AUGCAGCGUAUUUGGAUAAACAUGGUCCUUUGCCUCCUCUUAUGCAGCUUCGGAGUGCUCAUUCUUGUGGUUCUCUCCGGCCGCCCGACGUCCUUUGACAUUCAAGGGAGGCCCACCCACAUCCUCGAGUGGGUGCAUGCCUGCAUGGCUGGGGACACCAAAGGCGACCUCAAGGAUCCCUCCAUGGAAGCUCCAGAGGAUGCUGUGCAUGCCUGCAUGGCUGGGGACACCAAAGGUGACCUCAAGGACCCCUCCAUGGAAGCACCUGAGGAUGUUGUGCUGCGAGUGACCGAGCUGGCACUGCGGUGCACGGGGGAGCGAACAGCAAGCCGGCCGAGCAUGGGAGACAUUGCAAAUGAGCUGCUGGCUGUGCGGAACGAGGUGGCGGGGAGGGAGGAGUCGAGUGCCGCACUGCAGGUGGAUGCAGAGGUGCACGAUAAAAGGAUUGUGGCGGGAUCUGGCAGAAGCUUGGACACGGAGAUUCGGGUUCUGAAUGCCAUGCUUUAG